GGAGUUACGAAACCGUGUGACUGGGGAGCUGUAUAUAAAGCUCCCAGGCAGAGCAUUCCUGGUUUUCUUACAUCUGGGAGCAGCUGGAUUUUCUUUUUCCUUGAGCUGGUCAUACACUGAACCAUGGACCUCAAAGCCUUUGGGCUCUUUAUUGCCCUGUUCUGCAUUGGAAAAUGUUCGGCAGAAAGAAACUGCCAAGUGGGCAACUUCAAAACAAUGGAAAAUUUUGACAGAGCACGGUAUACUGGAACCUGGUAUGCAGUAGCCAAGAAGGACCCGGAAGGACUUUUCCUUUAUGAUGAUAUUGUGGCCAACUUCAAUGUUGAUGAGGAGGGAAAAAUGACAGCCACAGCCAGAGGAAGAGUCUUUUUAAUGAACACCAUAGAAGUUUGCGCUGACAUGGUGGGAGUCUUCCAGGACACUGAUGAGCCUGGCAAAUUCAUUAUGAAAUACUAUGGACUGGCAUCCUACCUUGAAAAAGGAGUUGAUCACCAUUGGGUGGUAGACACCGAUUAUGAUAACUAUGCCAUCGUCUACUCAUGCCGUGAGGUGAGUGAAACCGGAGAGUGCUUUGAUGAUUACUCCUUCAUCUUCUCUCGAAAUCGAAAUGGACUUUCCCCAGAGACACAGAGAAUUGUCCGGAGAAGGCAAUCGGAGUUGUGCUUGGACAGAAAAUACAGAAUUGUCCCCCAAAAUGGUGUCUGCAAUACCAACUGGUAAUUCUGCAUUUCCAAGAAGAAAGAAUAACUGAAACAUGGUAUUUUAUGUCAAUGAAUCUUUAAUAGACCUUGGAUCUGAGGCAUCGAAUGGAUCAAUGAUAGAUAGCACCAAUGUACAUAUUUUAUACAAAGAUUAAUUGUAUGAUGUUUGUAGCACUUCAGGAAGCAAUCUGUUGGCACCUUUCAUUAUGUUUGUGAUUUUAGGUCUCCAGAAAUGAAGCAAUAAAUAUACACAUACAUUCU